AUGCACUGCUCGAGUACCGGCAAGACUCUAUCCCUCCUGUGUGCCGCCCUCGCCUGGCAAGAGAAGGAGAAGGCUGCUGCUCUGCAGAGAACCAAGGAAGCGCAGGCCAGCAAGCGGACGAAGCUCGAGGUGGAGCUGAGUGAAGAGGAUGUCGUCCAACUCGCUGGCCCGCUUCACUUCGAUCUUGUUGUCUUCAUCCAGCGCGCGCAUCAUGCUUGA